AGGUCUUCCCCAUUGUUGCCAUGACGUCAUUCAGGUAAACUAAUAUAUAAAGAAGCAAAGGUUGGUGCUCUGUAUCACAUCUCAUCUAACUACAGCUCUAAGUAAUAACUAAAACUUAGACCUGAUCAUGCCUGAAGGACCGGUGUCUGUUGCUAAAGUUGUAAGUUCAACAUUGAAGAAGAUCCGCUACGGAGGGAAGACUAAAUCAGAGAAAACGGAUAUGGAACCCCGCAAUGUGAUCCAAAGACAAGAGAUAGAACUGCAAAGAUGCUGGGAGGGCAAGCUGGUCUUCCUCCUUCAUAAUGUGUUCACCAAAAAGGAAUGCUUACAAAUGAUUAAAGAAUCAGAAAAGCGAGGAUUUUCUCCAGCUAUGAUUCACACUGCUGAUGGAAAAGAAAUUAAAAUGACAGACACAAGAAACAACUUCCAUAACUUUUUGGACUCUGAGGAAGAAAUGGAGAAAAUCCACAACAGAUUGCGACCAUUCAUCCCAAGUCUUUGGAGAAAUCACAAGAUUGUUGGCCUUAACGAAAGGCUUCGGGUACAGCGUUAUGACUCUGGACAAUUCUUCAAGCCUCACUUUGACGCAAGCUAUCGGCGGGAAAAUGGAGAAAAAAGCUUUAUCAGUGUGCAGAUUUAUCUGAAUGAUGACUUCGUUGGAGGAAACACUACAUUCUUAGACCUCGCUGAAUCAGAGAGAACUGAAGUUGAGCCCAAAACAGGUUCAGUUCUGAUCUACCAACAUGACAUCUUACACGAAGACUCUGCCGUUCUCUCAGGUAGAAAAUACGCGCUCAGAACGGAUGUCAUGUACUCCGCUGAAAAGGUUGAAGACGAAAAAGAACUCCGACGACUCAGGAAAAAUGAUAAGGGCAAAUUCGGAAUGUUCAUGUAAAUGUCGAAUUUUAUACUUCACUAUGAUUUCUACGCAGAGAUGCCUUGUUUACACAGUGUCCCAUCUAAAAACGCCGUCAUUGUUGUUUAUGUUAUUCCAAGCUUCGCUUCAUAUGUACCUUUAGCCUGGAUAGUUAAGACAAGGAUCUAUCCAGCAAUAUAGUGUACACCAUUCAAUACCGCUGUAGUUAGAUAUAAAAGUGCUCAAUCAAUUUUCCUCUAUUUUUGUGAUACACAGAAGAAUUCCCAUAUUGCAUUUAUGAACUUCAUAUUUAUCCAAUGUUUUAAACUCAUGUACAUG